AUGCUCAACCUCAAGCUCAUCCUUGGCCUUCUCGCCGCAGCUCUCGUUGCUGUCCAUGGCCAGGACAGUAUCGACCAGAAUGAUAUCCCGAACGAGUGCCAGUCUCAGUGUCAGAAUGUGAUCAACCAGUCUCAGAACUGCGACAAUCAGUACGACAAUGACAACAACAACAAUAAUAAUAACAACAUCGUGAACAACUGGCUCAACACCUGCGGCUUCCAGAACAUCAAUCCAUCAAGCACUUACAGCAACUACCCUUAUGGCACGACCUCGUCGUACUACGCAGGUGGAACAGGCUGCUCGACCAACUACUACACCACGACGCUGAAUGGCAACUACAACAACGACAACAAUAAUAACAACGGCGGAUACUAUACCACGACCACCAGCUCGGUGUAUUGCGGCAACGGCUAUAAUAGCUACAACAGCUACUACGGCAGUACCUCGUGGAGCACCACGACAUACACGUCUGUGUUCAACAACAACAAUGGCAAUCUGCAAACGUCGACCUACACUUCCCUCGUCGGCACAGGGGUCAAUGGCCAGACCACGACCGUUCCGACAAACUACCAGACGUCGGUCGAGCCAUUCAACGGCGGUGCUGCGGUCCAGACGGCUCUGCCAUAUGCUGGUGCCGGAGCUGCCUUUAUGGUUGCGGGCUUCUUCUUGUAG